ACCCCGAGUCAAACGACCGCGUCUCCAUCCCCGUCUGGAUCCGCCGCCUCGCCGCCGCCGGCCCGCAUCCUCCGCCACGCCGUCCUCCGCCGAGCCAUGCCGGCGCCCUCACCGCACCCCGGCCUGCCUCCUCUCCGCCGUGCCCUUCUCCGCGCGCCCUCCGAGUCCUCCGCGCGCGCUGUUCACCGGCGCUCAGGCACAGGACGCCGCGCUCCGGGCCCGCGCCGGCCGGCUCGAGCGCGCGCCGCCCACCGCGACUAGCUGCUCAAGACUCUCCUUGCCGCCGUGGGCAAUGGCCGGGAGGAGGAGGAGGACGCGCGGCAGCGGCAGAACCAGCACGUUGGAUCCGGCCGAGGCUUACGUCGACACGGACGCGGAGGCUCUGGCCGCAGCCGCCGCGCUCUAUGCCCUGCCCCUGCUCGCCGAGCCCUGCCUCUCCGGAUCUCCAGCCAUGGAGGUCGCUUCUGGCAUGUUCUGCAAGUUCAAACGGAAGAACAUCUCUGUUUGCAUAGCCCUACAGGGGAGCAAAUGGAUUUCUGUGCUCCGUCAGGUCAACACCACUGAGUUAGUUCAUGAAUUCAUCAAAUUACGGUUGUUGAUCAGAGAGGUGCAAAUACCACAGACCAAGAUGUCGUCUCCUGGUGUUGGACAACGGAUGGAAUGUAUACGACGCGCUCAACCUACAAGGCAAUGUUCUGGGGCUCUUACUCGAGCACUUGCUCUCAAACUUUCUGGAAGGCUUUGGCUGAAAACAAAGUAAAAAAAUUCUGUUGACACCUGUCGCUUGGGAGGAUUCUGACCGUGGACAAGCUGAUCCAGAGAGGAUGGCAAGGAAGCGAGAUUUGUUCGAUGUGCAGUUCACAGGAGGAGUCGGUGGAGCAUCUUCUUCUGAACUUCUAUUUUGCUCGCCAAGUUUGGAGGAGGAUCGCGGCUUGGUCUGGUUUCGAGACAUUAUGAUGUGAAGAUGGCCUCCGGGAGGGCACGGUUGACUCCUGGUGGCUGGAGCGAGGCUGCCAAAUCCCUACGACCAACCGGCGAAAGUUUGAUGGGACUGUAGCUUGCACUUUUUGUCCGAUUUGGAAAGAUAGGAAUGGGAGAGUUUUUGACAAUGCUUAUGCUGGUGUCGAGGACACUUUCUUUAGAAUUUAGGAGUCCAUCCUAACGAGAGAGUUGACAUUUGCCAGAGUGAUACUGUAUGAUGGAGGCUACGGCCAUCACAUCGGAUUGUAACCAGGUUUCAGCCUAAACUUGUGUUUUUCUUCUCCUCUAAUAGAAACGGUAGCGCUCCUGCCAACAUUUCGAAAGGGUAUGUCCGCAGCGAAGUGCUGACUACUUGGAGGCUAUAUACAUGCUGUAAAGUGUUGGGUAUUUGGAGGUAGUUCUUAAUGCAUACAAAACUGCUCAUGCCAGUGUUAAUACUCAAUACAAAACUGUAAAGUGUUGUAGCCUGCUCUGAAGAAAAUUAACCAAUUAUAUAUUUCCUGAUCUCGUGAAAAAUAUAUUAAUCAUUUAAAAUUAUAUGAUUAUGCAAGGCCAAUACAUUUGGUAACAAAAAAAAACAUGCUACCAUACUUA